UCUGGAAAGAAAACAAAUGGCAUUUGAAACAAGUACUUCUAAAAAUCAACCGAGUAGAAGAACUGGUCACCGAACUGUAUUAGUAGGUGAUUCACUGUACCUGUGGGCUGGUAAUCAGGUCGGUUUACCUGAAGUACAUGAUAGUGAAAAGAAGAGAAGGAUCACUAGUAAUAUACAGCACUUUACUCCUUCAACUGGUGAAUGGAUCACUAAAGAUACUACUGGUACUCCUCCAUUAGGAAUUUUGGGUUACUGCUGUACUGCAAUAAAUGAUCUAUUGUACUAUUUCGGGGGCUAUUGUGGUCAUGGUGACUGCUUUCACAAUAGUAUUACACAACUGGAUAGCGUUAAUCUUCAAUGGAGAGAAUUAGAACCAACUGAUGCAACUAGACCAGUUAUGAGGAGAGGUCAUUGUGGAAUGACAUCAUUUGAACAUGAUGGAGUACACCAUUUACUAAUGAUAGGAGGAAAAGGAUCUAAACCAGCUGUACAACUACCUCAUUAUAAAUAUAUUAUGUUACCUAGUGAAAGAUGGCGUACUAAUGAGCACUCAAUAUAUAAUAUAUCAUCAAAAAAAUGGAGUCAUCCUUCAAUCAUUGGUCAGUGUAUACCACCUGCUGGCGGCUUUAUCAUUGAAAAGAUCAGCAACACUAGAGCUGUCCUGUUUGGUGGGAUAGAGAAUGUUGAUAAUACUCGUGAUACUUAUGCUAACAAUAUUUAUGUAUUAGAGAUACACAUAUCAAUUAGCACUGUGUUCUGGCAGAGUAUAAAGAAACCUGAAGCAAUAGACCAAUGGCCAGUGGGUAGAUUCAUGCAUGCAGGUGCUAUUAUAACUGGAUCAGACUGUCCUAUGCUAGUGAUAAGUGGUGGGUUGAAUAAGAAUAACGACAUAUUAGAUGAUUGUUGGAUCUUUAAGAUCACUCAAUAUUCCUGGAUAAAAUUAGAUGCACCUCAUUCUGUUAGUAAAAGAAGGAGUCAUUCUCUCUCAGUGUUCAUUAUGAGUCUUCAUUGUGUCUGGAUGAUAACUGUUGGAGGAUAUGCUUACAACUUCGGUGGUAUUAAGCAAUUGAGCUUAAUUGAUGAUAUCAAUGUAAUGAUAACUGAACUAGUUGUCAACAGUAGAGGAGGGUGUCUUGUAGGUGAUACAUUUGAUUCUAAAGGGAUGACUAGCGAAUACUACAAGAAGAAGUAUCAGCACAUAAGAGGAGUAUGGUUGGAGCACUUGGAGGACUACCAGAAACUAAGAAAAGGAGAUGCAGUCAAUAUUGAGCAAACCAUACAAGCUCUUAUGAAGAGUCUUAAAGAGAAGGAGAAAAAAUUAACAGAAAAGGAGUUAGAAGCCGGAGAUUUUCGCCAAAAAAUGGAACAGAAGAAAAGAGAAGAAGCAGAGAAAGAUCAAGAAAUAAUAAGAUAUUGUCAUCAGCUACAAGAGAAGGAUAGGGAGCUACAGGAAAAGGAUAGGGAACUACUGGAGAAAGAUAAGGAGCUAAAGGAGAAGGAUAGGGAGCUACGUCAGUCUCAAGAUGUAGUUCGUAGGUACCAGCAACAAGCAGAGCUUACUGAUGAUCACUGGGUUAUUGAUAAAGAUGAGGUGACUUUGACAAAGGAGGAGCUAGGAAGAGGAUCUUAUGCUGUCGUUACAGUUGGUAUCUUUAGAGGUUUAAGAGUUGCUGUCAAGUCACUUCAUACUAUCAUCAUCUCUGAUUAUAAUCUAGGUAUGUUCUCCAGGGAAAUGAGUAUAGCAUCACGAGUACGUCAUCCUAACCUGGUCCAGUUCAUUGGUGCAACUAAAGUGGGUAAUCCCCUCAUCUUGACCGAGCUGAUGAGUACUAGUCUUAAUCAGGAGCUUCGCAGAAACCGAUUAACCAAUCAACAGAUUCUCAGUAUUGCUCAAGAUGUAGCUUUAGGCCUCAACUACCUUCACCUGUUUAAGCCUCAGCCUAUUAUUCACAGAGAUGUGAGCAGUCCUAACGUAUUAUUAAAGCCUUGCACUGGACCUGCUGGUUAUGAAGCUAAAGUAGCAGAUUAUGGUACAGCUACAGUAGUGCAAGCUGAGAGUGCUGGUACUGCUUUUCCAGGCAAUCUAGCAUAUGCUGCACCAGAAGCUCGUGAUCCUGAGCAACACAGUCUAGCAAUGGAUGUCUACAGCUACUCUGUUCUCCUUAUGGAAAUGAAUUUAUGUUGUCUUCCAGAAAGGACAAUUGAAGAGAGAGCACGACAAUCUGGUAGUGUCUCCUGGUCUGAUAUGAAGUCUCUUAUACAAAGAGGACUUGACAAUAACCAUAGAAACCGUCCUACUAUGGUUCAAGUAAUGGAGUUUUUGAAAAAGAUUUGAUUUUAUAUUUUUGAUAUUCCAA